CCGCCGCAUUAUUAAAGUUAAUUAGUUUGUGCGAUUGCUGUUUUUAUAAAACAUUUGGACGCCUUCUAAAAGAUGCCACUCAAAUUGGACAUCAAGCGUCGGCUGACCUCGCGGUCCGAUCGCGUCAAAUGCGUUGAUCUGCAUCCGGCCGAGCCAUGGAUGUUGUGUGCACUUUACAAUGGCCACGUACACAUCAUGAAUUACGAGAAUCAGCAAUUGGUAAAAGACUUUGAGGUUUGUGAUGUGCCCGUGCGCUCUGGACGUUUUGUUGCGCGCAAGAAUUGGAUAAUUACUGGUUCGGAUGAUAUGCAAAUCCGCAUUUUCAAUUAUAAUACCUUGGAGAAGGUUCACUCAUUCGAGGCGCAUUCCGAUUAUUUGCGGUGCAUUGCCGUGCAUCCCACGCAGCCCCUGGUCCUGACCAGCAGCGAUGACAUGCUUAUCAAAUUGUGGAAUUGGGAGAAGAUGUGGGCUUGCCAGCGUGUCUUCGAAGGUCACACGCACUAUGUCAUGCAGAUAGUGUUUAAUCCCAAGGACAACAACACCUUUGCCUCUGCCUCCUUGGAUCGCACGGUUAAGGUGUGGCAGCUGGGCUCAAAUUUGGCGAACUUCACGCUAGAGGGACAUGAAAAGGGAGUGAACUGUGUGGACUAUUAUCAUGGUGGAGAUAAGCCUUAUUUAAUAUCCGGCGCAGAUGAUCGCCUGGUCAAGAUCUGGGAUUAUCAGAACAAGACAUGUGUGCAAACCCUAGAGGGUCAUGCUCAGAACAUUUCAGCCGUUUGCUUCCAUCCCGAAUUGCCCAUUUUGCUGACGGGCUCCGAGGAUGGCACCGUACGUAUUUGGCAUUCGGGCACCUAUCGGCUGGAAACCUGUCUUAACUAUGGGUUUGAGCGUGUCUGGACCAUUGCCAGCAUGCGUGGCACCAACAACGUGGCCCUAGGCUAUGAUGAAGGUUCGAUUAUAAUCAAGGUGGGUCGAGAGGAGCCAGCAAUGUCUAUGGAUAUUACCGGCGGUAAGAUUAUUUGGGCCAAACAUUCCGAAAUGCAGCAGGUUAACUUGAAGACCAUUGCCGAUGGCACCGAAAUCAAGGAUGGCGAACGUCUGCCGGUCGCUGUCAAAGACAUGGGCGCUUGUGAGAUCUAUCCGCAGACCAUUGCACACAAUCCCAAUGGACGUUUCGUUGUCGUUUGUGGCGAUGGUGAAUACAUUAUUUACACAUCAAUGGCGCUACGAAAUAAGGCAUUUGGCUCCGCUCAGGAGUUCGUCUGGGCUCUGGAGAGCAAUGAGUAUGCCAUACGUGAGAACAGCGGCUCAGUGCGUCUGUUUCGAAACUUUAAGGAGCGCAAAAGCUUCACGCCCGAAUAUGGUGCCGAGAGUAUCUAUGGUGGAUACUAUUUUGGUGUAAAGACUUCAUCGGGACUGGCGUUCUACGACUGGGAGACAUUGCAAUUAGUGCGACGCAUAGAAGUGCAACCGCGCAAUGUCUUUUGGAAUGAAUCGGGUAGCUUGGUUUGCCUGGCCACAGAUGAUUCCUAUUUUAUACUGGGCGUGGAUACAGCACAAAUCGCAAAUGCAGUGGAGAGCAAAGAGGGACUCGAAGAUGAUGGUGUGGAGAGUGCUUUCAACGUCUUGGGCGAGGUUGCCGAAGCAGUCAAGACGGGUCUGUGGGUGGGCGAUUGUUUCAUUUACACCAAUUCUGUCAAUCGCAUCAAUUACUACGUGGGCGGUGAAAUUGUGACAAUUUCGCAUUUGGAUCGCACUAUGUACUUGCUGGGCUAUGUUCCCAAAGAAAAUCGUCUCUACCUUGGCGACAAGGAGCUAAAUGUCAUAUCCUUCUGUCUGCAGCUAUCUGUGCUGGAAUACCAGACAGCAGUGAUGCGUCGCGACUUUGAGCGCGCAGAUGUGGUUCUACCCACCAUACCAAAGGAGCAUCGUACACGCGUCGCACAUUUCCUCGAGAAACAGGGAUUCAAGGCGCAGGCACUGCAAGUGUCUACUGACCCGGAUCACAAAUUUGAUUUGGCGCUGCAAAUUGGCGAUCUUGACGUAGCCCUGAAGCUGGCGCGCGAGGCAGAAAAUGCACAAAAAUGGGCGCAAUUGGCAGAUGUAGCGGCCCGUAAAAAUAAUAUGGAAUUGGUAAAGGAGUGCAUGCAAAAGGCUAACGAUUUUAGCGGCCUGCUCCUGCUUUCCAGCGCCUCCGGCGAUGCACAAAUGCUUGAGGAGGUGGGCAACGCAGGCGCAGCCCAAGGACGCCAUAACAUUGCAUUCCUGGCCGCCUUUUUACGCUCGGAUGUGGAACGCUGUCUUGAGAUUCUCAUAGAAACCAAUCGCUUGCCCGAGGCAGCGUUCUUUGCCCGUACCUACGCACCCAGCCAGAUGUCACGCGUUGUCGAGCUGUGGCGUGAGGAGCUCAGCAAGGUCAACGAGAAGGCGGGUCAGUCGCUGGCCGAUCCGGCGCAGUAUACAAAUCUAUUUCCAGGCUUGGGCGAUGCCCUGCGCGUGGAGCAACACCUACAAGCGGAGCGUUCACGCAAAGCUCCCGCGGCGUUGGCUGCACAACUGCCGCUGAAUAGCGAGCGUAAUCCGCUGGCUGAGCUAAAUGCCGUAGAGCAGCAGGAUGACGAUCUGGUCGAGGACAAAGAGAAACCAGCGUUUGUGCUUCCACCGGCGAAUAGUGGCAGUGGCGUUGCUACGCUGCCUCUCGUAAAGCCCAUUGUUAAUGAUGAUGAUGAUGACGAACUCGAUUUGGAGAUUGAUGGUAUUACGUUGGACGACAAUAUCGAUACAACAGAUGUGAAUUUGGACGACGAUUUUCUAAGCGAUGAUUAGGUGAAAUUCAAAACCAGCAGUCUGUAUUCGAUAUAUUCGCAUAGGAAUAGCCGUAAUUUCUUUUGUUUAUGUCCCGGAGACCACACGCUACGAUUUACACGCAUUUCGCACUAAAAAAUUCCACACA